UUCUGUCCCCUCCUUUUAUUCAGCCCCUUUCUUUAGCUCUCCCGGGGUUCCAUUUGGACAAGCAGCUCUUCUCUUUCGCCUGGCAAUAAACCAUGGAUUGGAUUCUGAAUUAACCCUUCUGGGUCCUAGCGCCCGCCCGUUGCGAUGGAGAGGCAGAAGAAAGGCAGAGCCAAUAGACAAAGGAAAAGGAAGGCAGAGUCCUCUUCCAAAAUGGCUGAGGCAGGGGAAGAAGACUUUAAUGUGAAGAUAAAGCUGGAAGAGGAGGAGGAUGCUGGCUACGUCCGGUCGGGUCGGCGCUAUAAGUGCCUGACUUGCAGCAAGACCUUCCCCAGCGUCCCCCGAGUGUUACGUCACUUGGAGUCUCAUGCAGCCAAUACUGGUGACAGCUUGGCUAGCAAACUCACUUGCCCCAGUUGCCGAAAAGAGUUUCCAGACCGCAGCCAGCUCCGCAAGCACCAGCUGAGCCACCAGCCGGAGCGGCCCUACCAGUGCGAGCUGUGCGCCAAGGCCUACAAAACGGCCCCCGAGCUGCGCAACCAUGGCCGCAGCCACAGUGGAGAGAAGCCGUUUGUGUGUCGUGAGUGUGGCAAGGCCUUCAUGCAACCAGUCUGUCUGCGCGUCCACAUGGCCCGGCACACGGGGGACCUACCCUUCCGUUGCCAGCAGUGCCACAAGGGGUAUGGCACUCUCUCCAAGCUGAAGAUCCACCAGCGCUCUCACACUGGUGAGAAGCCAUAUUCCUGUGGUGAGUGUGGUAAGCGUUUUGCCGACCCCUCGGUCUUCCGAAAGCACCGCCGCACCCACGCUGGCUUGCGUCCGUACCAGUGUGAGGUUUGCCGCAAGACCUACGCCGAGCUCAAAGACCUCAAGAACCAUGAGCGCUCGCACACUGGCGAAAGGCCUUUCCUGUGUCAGGAUUGUGGGAAGGCCUUCUCCCGAUCUUCUUCCCUUGCCUGCCACCAGCGCAUUCAUGCUGCCCACAAGCCCUACCGCUGCAACCUCUGUGGCAAAGGCUUUACCCAGCUGUCCUCCUUCCAGAGCCACCAGCGCACGCACUCGGGGGAGAAGCCCUUCCUCUGUCCACAGUGUGGGCGCAUGUUCAGCGACCCCUCCAGCUUCCGUCGGCACCAGCGGGCACACCAGGGCUUCAAGCCUUACACCUGCGACAAGUGCGGCAAGGCCUUCCGCCAGCCGGCCGACCUGGCCAUGCACCAGCGCAUCCACACGGGAGAAAGGCCUCAUAAGUGCCCCCAGUGCGACAAGAGCUUUGUGGCCUCAUGGGACCUCAAACGCCACUUGCUGGUUCACUCAGGGCAGCGCCCCCACCAGUGUGGGGAGUGUGGCAAGAGCUUUGCCGAGCGAGCCAGCCUCACCAAACACUACCGCGUCCACUCCGGCGAGCGGCCCUUCAAGUGUGGCCAAUGCGGCAAGGCCUUUGUUGUCUCCUCCAGCCUCAGGAAACACGAGCGCACCCAUGCCAACGAGAAUAAUAACGAUGACAAAUCUGCCCCCCUCGACCAACCCCAAGAUCCCCCUGCCGACAGUGACCCUUCUACCAUUGUUGUGGCCACUGUGGUGCCUGCUUGUGGGGAGUGUGGGGAGACGUUUUCUUCUACCCAAGACCUGCGCCGCCACGAGCGGCUGCUCCAUCCUGGCUUGCGGCCCUUUCCAUGCCCAGAAUGCGGCAAAGGUUUCUCCGACCGGGCCGGUCUGCGUAAACACGAGCGGAUCCAUUCGGGGGUCCGGCCCCACGCCUGCCCACACUGUUCUAAAGCCUUCCUGGGUGCCUCUGAUCUACGCAAGCACCUCAAGACCCACGUGGCCCAAGAAAACAGGGCUCCCGAUGACACCAUAGUAACAGCUACUAUCAUGACCUAUGAGCCACUGCUCUCUGCGCACAUCCACCAGCAUUCCCAUGAUGAGCAGGUGGAAGCUGAGAAGGAGCCGCCCUCAGCCUGUCUUCCCGAAGCUCUCACCGAACCCUCUUAAGGUCUCACCACUGUCUGCAGUUUCCGUACAUUUGACUGUGAGACAUCAAGGUGGUUUGCUUCUUUCAAGGCACACUUGCCUUUCCAGCAGUUGCCUCCUCCCACAUUAUGUGCUGUGGGGUCUCCAUUGGUGCCUCCCCCUUGGAAUAUGGCUCUUCCUACCCCCAUCUCUAUCAUUUCUCGUUGGGGCACAUUUGUUUCAUAAGACCCACUUCUUAACUCGGAUCCCCAUUUGCUAGAUUGGCUGCAACAAAUAUGCAAAACUUCAGACAAAAAAAACAAACAAGCUGGGCGAACUACAUUUUUUAAAAAUUGACCUGGCACCUCAUUGGUCAAUGAGGGGGCUCGAAGUAUUGAGUGUGUACUUGUGUUUGUGUGUAAGUGUGUGCAUGUCCAUAUGUAUGCUUCUGCCGUCUGCUGGCCGUUAUACCUCCUGCAGUAGGGCAAGUGUGCAUCUCGUGAUUUAUUGGUUAAAAGAAUGAAUGCUGUGUGUGGUUUUAGGGGAUACAAACAGAGGAUAAAAUUGGAAAGGGGAGGGAAUGGGAAUCUCCCCACUACACAUCCUUUCCUUAUACAGACAGUUAUCUCUCUGGAUCUGUCUCAUGCUGCAUCUGGUUGUAUAAACAGAAUGGAAUUUUUUAAAACCUUGUUUUUUUAUUAAAAAAUUAAACACUUGCA